AUGCUGGAUUCUUUGAUUCUGGUUUGGAUUUGUAUCUUCCUUUUCUUCGUCUUUAUCAGGAUCCAGAGGCCCAAAAACUUCCCUCCUGGACCCAGACCAUUACCCAUAUUUGGGAAUUUGUUUCAGCUGGACAUAGUCAAUCCUUUGAAAGAUUUAGACAAGCUGAUUGAGAUGUCCACCAAAACGGUACUGACCAAACAAGGCAUGGGCUCCACAAAACCUCUGAAGGUGUCCUGUGGAAUCAUACUUGCUGACUAUGGCCCUUCAUGGAAGGAGCACCGUCGUUUUGCCCUCAUGACCCUGAGGAAUUUUGGCCUGGGGAAGCAAUCUAUGGAGAAGAGGAUUCUGGGAGAGAUCGAACACAUUGUUGCACACUUAGAGAAAAGUGGAGGAAGUUACAUAAAUCCUAAGACUUUGUUCCACGAUGCUGCAUCAAAUAUUAUUUACCUGGUUUUAUUUGGCAUCCGCUACAACUAUGAGGACCAAACCCUGAAAGCAUUGGUUCGAUGUUUCACUGAAAUUACAAAGCUGGCUAAUGGACCCUGGGGAACGAUUUAUGAUACACUUCCUUUAGUGAGAGCCCUACCCCUCCCCUUUAAGAAGGCCAUAGUAAAUUCAGAGAAACUGAAAAAAAUGGCAGCAGACAUGAUAAACAAGCACAAGAUGCAAAGAGUAUCAGGAGAGCCAAGAGACCUUGUUGACUGCUAUCUAGACCAGCUUGGCCUUGAAGUUGAUGAUCAAGUCUGCUUUGAUGAGGAGCAACUUGUGGGGAUGGUCAUAGACCUGCAUGGUGCUGGGACAGACACCACCUCCAACACCCUGCUAACAGCAUUCCUCUACCUCAUGACUCAUCCAGACAUUCAAGAGAAAUGCCAGCAGGAGAUCGAUGAGGUUCUGAAGGGAAAAGCUCAGGCAUCUUUUGAGGACAGACACAACAUGCCAUACACACAGGCUGUGAUUCAUGAGUCUCAGCGCAUCGCAGACACCGUCCCUCUGAGUGUGUUCCACUGUACCACGAGAGAUACUCAACUCAUGGGCUACAGCAUCCCAAAGGGCACUCUCAUCAUCCCCAAUCUCUCCUCAAUACUGAGUGAGGAAGGCCAGUGGAAGUUUCCACAUGAGUUCAACCCAGCCAACUUCCUGAAUGAGCAGGGACAGUUUGAGAAACCUGAGGCCUUCUUACCCUUUUCUGCUGGGCCUCGGAUGUGUCUUGGUGAGGGUCUUGCUCGCAUGGAGCUAUUCCUCAUCUUGGUCACCCUGCUGCGCCGGUUCCAGUUUGUCUGGCCUGAAGAUGCAGGAGAACCAGACUUCACUCCUGUAUAUGGAAUCACAGUCACACCCAAGCCAUACAGGAUGGGGGUCAGGCUGAGACAUGGAGAGAUAUAGAGCUAUAGAUAUAGAGCUUUGUUAAUCUGUACAUGCAUAUGACUUCAAUUAUCAAUGGAACUGCAGAAUCACUCUUUUAAAAGUUUCCUAACAUGCCUUCAUUGAUUUAUUUCAUUUUGA